AUGGUUGUUGCAUACCUGGGUGCAGCCAUCAAUGCGAUCAGUUGUUAUGAGUGCAAAGCGUGUGACAAGGUGAAUCGGGACCAGUUGAAGAAAGGUUGCAUCAACUGUUCGGUGAAUAUAAUCACGGAGAAGAAUGUGUCUCGCAUAGACGCCCGGUUUUGUCAUGACAAGCAACCGUGUGAGGAGUACAGGGAUUGGAAGGAUGACAUCUUGUACGAAACAAAAUGUUGCAAUACGAAACGAUGCAACACGGAACAAUUGAAAUCGAAGAAGAAGAAGAAGGUCGACAAAUGUUUAGCAUUUCUUUAA